AUGAAGAUCGUGGGAGGCAGCGUGGCCGCAUUUGGCAUGGCAAUUCUUCAUACCAUGUCAGCUACGGCACAGAACAUGUCAUACGGAGCGGACAAUUUUUACCGCAGCGACAAUGUGACCGUUCACAAGAUCACCUUCCCAAGCCAAUACCACACGACGAUCGCGGGAAACCUCUUCACCCCCAACAAUCUCAACCCCAGUGCCUCCGCCCCGGCCAUUGUUGUCGGCCAUCCAAUGGGCGCAGUCAAGGAGCAGAGCGCUAAUCUCUACGCCACAAAACUGGCCGAACAGGGCUUUGUUACGGUGUCACUUGACCUACCGUUCUGGGGUGGCAGCCAGGGUAGACCGCGUAAUGCUGUGUCGGCCGAACUGUACGCAGAGGCAUUUAGCGCAGCAGUUGACUACCUUGGCAUACAGAACCACACAAGCGUGAAUCGUGACCGAAUCGGUGGUCUCGGUAUCUGUGGCAGUGGCUCCUUUAUGAUCAGCGCAGCCAAGAUCGACCCUCGCAUCAAGGCUAUUGCAACAUCGUCAAUGUAUGACAUGGGCGCUGUCAACAGAAACGGACUAGAGAAGUCGCAAGGCCUCCUUGAGCGCAAGGAAGUCAUCGCUGCGGCUGCCGAGCAGCGUUGGAUCGAGGCCGAUGGUGGUAGAACCGAGUACACGGGAGGCACUCCGAAUAGACUCACAGUAAAUUCCACUGCCGUGGACCGUGAGUUCUAUGACUACUACCGUACCUCCCGUGGUGAGUUUACGCCUAAGGGUACCACUUCGGAUCUUACAACACACCCUACACUCUCGACAAACACCAAGUUCAUGAAUUUCUACCCGUUCAAUGAUAUCGAAACGAUCUCGCCGCGUCCGAUGCUUUUCAUUUCUGGUGACCAGGCACACUCGCGCGAGUUCAGUGAAGAUGCCUUUGCGCGUGCGGGCGAGCCGAAGGAGUUGGUUUGGGUUCCUGGUGCUGGCCAUGUUGAUCUUUAUGAUCGCGUCAAUCUGAUUCCAUUCGCUAAACUCACUCAUUUCUUCCAAACGAACCUGGUUUAG